GCAUGGAUGUUGUUCCUGUCAUUCAGAUCCAAAAAGGCACGCAUUGGUCAUUGCUGAACCCCGUGGCGCAGAUAUUCUGCCAGGCACUGAGCUGCAGAUGAGACUGUUGGAGAAGUGCAUGGUGGACGUGCUGAAUAGAAACAGAUGAGCUAAUUCUUUUUAAAUUUCCAUUUCUUCAAGAUGCUUCUAAAGGCACAAUCCAGGACAGAAGUGUGACGCUUGUCGGUGCUGGACACAGCCUGCUUCAGAACAGGCAUUAUCGGCCUUCAGUCAAGAUGGUGGCGUUUAACUUGAAGGCUUUGGAGAAUUUCCCAUUGCUGAUGUACAUCUUGGCAGCUAAAACACUGAUUCUUUGCUUAGCAUUUGCUGGAGUUAAAAUGUACCAGAGUAAAAAACUUGAAGAAAAAUUGAAGAGGGAACGUGAAGCGAAAUUGAAGAGAGAAGCAGAGAAGAAGGGUGAUUAAAGGAAUCUCUCAGAUUCUGUGACACUUGGCAGCUUGCUUGGAUUCCUUUCCUGGGAGAACGAAGUCUUCCUGUAGAUGAAGGAUGUGUAGAAGGAAUAAAGCCCUCUGGAGUAACAUUCA